CCUCUACUUGAACUUGACUUGGAGGUUUGACAGAACAAAUUAUUCCUGAACUUCUGAAUUAUUAAUCUUGGCUGCAUGAUAUGCAAAUCAGGCUGCAGUGACUAUGUCCAGCGGCAGAGCACUGGGUCAGAAGCUCCAUCAAGUUGCUGGUAAAGAACUUCUGCUGAGGGAUCCAGGCCUUGCAACAGAAUGGCAUUGAAUGCAACUUGCAAAAACUGGCUAGCAGCAGAGGCUGCCCUGGAAAAGUACUACCUCCCCAUUUUUUAUGGGGUUGAGUUCAUCGUGGGACUCCUCGGGAAUACGGCUGUUGUGUUUGGCUACCUCUUCUGCCUGAAGAGCUGGACCAGCAGUAACAUCUAUCUCUUUAACCUCUCUAUCUCUGACUUCGCCUUUUUGUGCACCCUUCCCAUGCUGAUGAGAACGUAUGCCCACGGGCGAUGGGUGUAUGCGGACGUGCUCUGCACAGUCAACCGAUAUGUGCUUCACGCCAACCUCUACACCAGCAUUCUUUUCCUCACGUUCAUCAGCAUUGACCGAUACCUGCUCAUGAAGUAUCCUUUCCGGGAACACCUUCUGCAAAAGAAAGAGUUUGCUGUUUUAAUCUCUGUGGCCAUCUGGGUUUUAGUAACCUUAGAGCUACUGCCCAUACUUUCUGUGAUAAAUCCUGUUACAGCCGACAACAGUACCAACUGUAACGACUAUGCAAGUUCUGGGGACCCCAUAUACAACCUCAUUUAUAGCAUGUGUCUAACCUUCUUAGGGUUCCUCAUUCCUCUUUCUGUGAUGUGCUUCUUUUAUUUCAAGAUUGUCCUUUUCCUGAGGGAGAGGAGCAGGCAGCUGGCUACUGCUUCGCCCCUGGAGAAGCCCCUCAACCUCGUCAUCAUGGCAGUCGUGAUCUUCUCUGUGCUCUUCACGCCCUACCACAUCCUGAGGAACGUGCGGAUCGCCUCCCGCCUGGGGAACAGGGCGCAGCACCAGUGCACGCAGACCACCAUCAGCACCUUCUACAUUGUGACCCGGCCUCUGGCCUUUCUGAACAGCGUCAUCAAUCCUGUCUUCUAUUUCCUCAUGGGAGAUCACUUCAGGGAGAUGCUGAUGAGUAAACUGAGGCACCACUUCAAAUCCUUUACAUCCUUUAGAAGAUGAGCUAAUGGACUCACGUUUUCAUUCGGGGAAAAGUGAGGUAUUGCGUAACAGAGUGUUAUACACACGCAGCUGUCAGCCAGUUAGAGUUUAACUCAUAAACAUAAAUUAAAGAGGGCCGCAGUCCUGCCCCUGUGUUAAAGACGUGUCAUACUCGGUGUAUGCGAAAAGAAGAGGAUGGGGAGUAGUUAUUGGUUUCUUCCCCUAAGAGUUGAAAGGAGUUGGACUAGCACCACCUAGUGUUUGGGCGUGUGAGUCCAAACCGUCAGCUGUUACAAGACCUUCGCAAUCCGUGCAAAAGGACUGGAACAGCAAAGAAGCAGCAAGUUGUCUGCAUUUAGUCCAGACUGUAAAAGAAAUUGCACUGGCAACAUUCUCUAUGUUGUUCUUAUUCAUACAAUCCUGUAAGCUUAUGUGAGAACUGAAAAACGGAAGAUUAGACAUACACUAUCAACCAGUGUUGUUAGAAGUUGUGCUUUUGAGCAAAUUUAAGUAAACAAUAAUAACAAUGAGCAAGAAAGCAACAUAAUGAGUUCAAAGAUGCCUAUAAGACAUUGCUUCAUAUUGAUCAUGAAUUGGGGUCAAGUUGUAAUUAUAAGUCCUUUUCUGGUUUUUAGUGCAAAGAUUCAUAUCAAAUAGAACCUAAAGAGACAGUUCAACAAAGAGAGAGGCAUGUUUGAGCUUGUCUCUCAGGGGUUUUAGGUGUAAAGGAUUUUAUCAAAAUACUAGAAAGAGAUACCAAGGAGAGUUACAAAAAUCUCAGAGUUACAGAACACAAAGUGCCUGUCAGGAAACCCAAAGCAACACAAAACAAAACAAAACAAAAUAUUGUUUUUAUAAUGAUUGCACCAUCUAGCAUUUUAUUAUCACAAUUGGAUCAUCAGUGCAUGGAAAUAUAUUAUGUUCCUUAGCCUUGCUGCUCUUGACUAAACAGUAAACUUUAAAAUAUAUUAAUGUCAUAAAACCAGCAAAUAAGAGGAAAUGAAAUGUAAUACCAAAAUUCGUUGGGUUAAUUUUCCCUUUUGGAAGGAAAGUCCCAGUUUUUCUCCCCCACCCCCACAGAUUUUUUUAUAAGCAAUAGAUAAUUUACAAGGACAACUUUAUCUUAGAGAGAGCGGCUCACACCUGGAGUGAGCCUUGUUUUCGUGGAACCUUAUUUAAGACUACCGGAGGAAAUUUCUAAACAAAAUGCACUUUACGAAAUUGUAGAAUACAAGGAAUAUUUAUGUGCAUAUCAAUAGAGAUUAUCCCAGGAGGGUUAGUUAGACACCGUUCUAUGCCAUGAAACAAAUUAGGGAAAAGAAAAACCAAGUGCUGCAUUAGCUUUUAUGUCAAAUGAGUACCACAUACUAAUACACUUACUAUAUGCAACAAAAGGUGUCCGUGACUAUUUGUCUAUGCUGCUUUCCUUGAGGUCGUUAGCUGUAACAUGAAGCAUAAAAUAAGCAUGAGCAAAGACACAAAAGUCCAUUGUCCUUCCUGUUAUGAGAUGAUAUUCCUGUUCUGGUUAUAUCAUAUUCCGAUAUUUCCAAAACUCAAAAUAUUCCCAGUUAAUGCUUCUACACUGCAAGCAACUGUAAUAUUAUAAAAACACAUUACUUACAAAGGAUUCAUUUUCUUACAUAGAAUUAGGCUUUAGGUAUUUUUUUCAUGCUUUGUCUUUAUAAUCAAUAUUUUAAAAAUUUCAGUGUAAUUUUAUAACUGCCUGAUAAUAAACUGAAAACAGAAUCUCCUGAAUUUCUUCAUCAGAAAAGUCCACAAAAAGGGCCAUAGGAAAUAAGUAUUUGAUUACUUCUGCAAAAUUAGCAACAUAUAACUUAAGGAGUGGUAGUGGUAGACUCUUUCUAAUAGUGCAGUGAAAUAUUUUGUGAAACCACAAACGCUUACAUAUACCUUAUAACAAAAAUAUUAAGUAAUUUCGUAGCACGUCUUAAUUCUUUUCUCACUCAAAUCUGUCAUGUGGUAACUUAAUCCUUAACAGACUAAAGAGACCUGCACUAAAAUUAUAAGAUCUAUUUCACUUGCUUUUUAGAUGAUUGUAAGACUCACAAACAAUAAAUAAUGGAAAUCCUU